GAGCCGCUGUCGUUGGUUCUUCGUCUCUGCAACAAUGGCGACCGACGUGAGGCAGGAGCUCGCGCAGCUAAUCAAUUCAACUGGAUCUCACAAAGAUCUCGCUGCCAAAUAUCGACAAAUUCUGGAGAGGGCCAUUCAGUUUACAGAUGCAGAGCAGAUGGAUUCCUUGAGGGCAUUUGUUGAAGCAAUGGUCAACGAAAAUGUCAGUCUCGUCAUCUCGAGGCAGCUGCUCACUGAUUUUUGCACACAUCUGCCCAGCCUGCCUGAUGCCACAGCGAAAGCCGUGUAUCACUUCACGUUGGAGAAGAUCCAGCCCAGGGUCAUCUCCUUCGAGGAACAGGUAGCCUCAAUCAGGCAGCACUUAGCAACCAUUUAUGAAAAGGAAGGCGACUGGAGGAAUGCUGCACAGGUUUUAGUUGGUAUUCCCCUGGAAACAGGACAGAAGCAAUACAAUGUUGACUAUAAGUUGGAUACAUACCUGAAAAUUGCCCGUCUCUACUUGGAGGAUGAUGACCCAGUGCAGGCGGAGGCAUAUAUAAACAGAGCCUCUUUGCUUCAGAAUGAGUCCUCUAAUGAACAGCUGCAGAUACACUACAAGGUGUGCUAUGCCAGAGUCCUCGACUUCAGGAGGAAGUUCAUUGAGGCCGCACAAAGAUACAACGAGCUGUCUUAUAAGUCUAUUGUCCAUGAGACUGAACGUCUGGAGGCACUGAAACAUGCCCUAAACUGCACCAUACUGGCGUCUGCAGGCCAGCAGCGUUCCCGUAUGUUGGCCACUCUCUUUAAGGAUGAGCGCUGUCAGCAACUGGCUGCCUACGGUAUUCUGGAGAAGAUGUACCUGGACCGUAUUAUCAGAGGAAACCAGCUGCAGGAGUUUGCUGCCAUGCUGAUGCCUCAUCAGAAAGCCACCACAGGGGAUGAUGGAAACACCAACAUAUCGCCUUUAUUGGAUACCAAUAUGACAACAGAAAAAAUGAAAGGCUCCAGCAUCCUCGACCGAGCUGUGAUCGAACACAACCUCCUCUCCGCUAGCAAACUCUACAACAACAUCACGUUUGAAGAGCUAGGAGCACUUUUAGAAAUCCCCCCAGCAAAGGCCGAGAAAAUAGCUUCCCAGAUGAUCACCGAAGGACGCAUGAACGGCUUCAUCGACCAGAUAGACAGCAUCGUACACUUUGAGACGCGUGAAGCCCUUCCGACCUGGGACAAACAGAUCCAGUCUCUGUGUUUCCAGGUCAACAACCUCCUAGAAAAGAUCCGCUCGGUCGCUCCGGAGUGGGCGGCCCAGGCCAUGGAGACCCAGAUGACCCAGUAAACGCCCCCAACACGGUUCCCUCCUCAGUCUGUCUUAAAGUGUCGUCUUCCUGCUCCAAAAAACACGUCACCAUCACUUGUUUGACUUUUUCAUAGAACUCUUUAUUACUUUUGUCCACAAGGGAAAAUAGUUCAAUGUUUCUCUCUAUUUCGGAUCUGUCAUAGAUGUAUCGACCGAAGGACGACCGUGUAACGUUUGGAUGACUUCCCGUUAUUGAACUGGCAUGUUAAACGUUUGGGUGUGAUUAUUCAGAUAUUUGACAUGUAAUGGGGUCAAAAAGAAGGGAGGGAAGGAGGCUUCUGCCUUCCUACACAUUCUCCUGUUUUUUUAAACAUGACACAAUGACACAGAAACAUCUGUCAAGUGGUUCUUCAUCAUGUAAAAAUACAUUCUCGGUCGAUUCUUCUGAAUUUCUGAAUUAAAUUCUAAGCGGAGAUUUG